UCGAUUCAAGCAACGUACACAAUCUUCUUAUGUAUACGUACAUAUUACGCAAAAAAAAAAGUUAGCGAGAGGUACAUAGGAUGUUGAGAACCCAUUAAACAUCCGAGCAAUAUGAGAUCGUUUUUGCUGUGAAACGAGCUAAAGAGUUCAGCCGACGGAAGCUGCAUUAGGUUAACGAACCUGGGACCAAAGGAUAGAGACAUUCAUACAUCUCUAUGUCCAGGAAGCGUUCAAACACGCCGUGCCCGACCCAGAGACAAGUUUUUGGAAGAUCUGUUCUUUCCUUCCCGCCGCCUGCCCCUCCCAGCUAGUGAGUACGCGAAGAGGGCUCGUGGUGUGUGCGUGCGUGUGUUUUACUUAAAGUGAAAAAAAAAAAAAAAAAAGAUUUGAAGUUUUCAAUAGUUGGUUAGAUACAACCAUGGCUGGCUCCUUUGACCAGUAUGAUAAGGCCAGCUGGUAUUUUGGAGCAAUGUCUCGGCAGGAUGCUUCUGACUUGUUGAUGAGCGAAAAGGAAGGAGGUGUGUUUCUGGUAAGGGACAGUAUCUCCAUACAUGGUGAUUUUGUCCUGUGUGUCAAAGAGGACAGCAAAGUCAGUCACUACAUCAUCAACAAAAUCCAGCAAAGUGAUACAAUACGUUAUAGGAUUGGGGAUCAGUUAUUUCCUGACAUACCAAGUCUACUAGCCUUUUAUAAGCUUCAUUAUUUAGACACUACACCGUUAAUUAGACCAGCGCCAAAGAAAAUUCAGAGGGUUAUUGCUAAGUAUGACUUUGAAGGCAAUGACCCUGAUGACUUGCCGUUUCGAAAAGGUGAUGUCUUGACCGUAAUCUCCAAAGAUGAAGAGCAAUGGUGGACAGCUAGAAACAGUCUUGGGCAAACCGGUUCUGUGCCAGUGCCGUAUGUGCAAAAAUACGAGGAAGACAACCACACGGGAGUGGAAUCGAUUCCAGCAAGGCCAGAAAGUGGCGGUAGUUCAGGUUCGGGUACAACACAAUCGUCGCAUGCUGAAUCUCAACCAGUGGGUACAAACUCGCAGCAGGGCACUCCCAACACGAACACGUUGACACAGCGUCGCUCUAACAUUCAACGAACGUUGCCAGCAUUUGCCAAAGUCAAGCAAGCUCGCGUACCCAACGCGUAUGAUAAGACGGCGCUAAAACUUGAAGUUGGUGACAUAAUCAAAGUCACGAAAACAAACAUCAAUGGCCAGUGGGAGGGUGAGUUGCACGGCAAAGUUGGACACUUUCCUUUCACGCACGUUGAGUUCGUUGACAACGAGACACCCGAGCCAGAGAGUCAGGAUGCUUAACGGGCUUUUGAAAACGAUUGCAACGUAAAGUGUUUUUUUUUACCACAAGUACAUGUAUACUGAUGCAUAUGUGUGCGCCAUAAAGGAGUUAUAUUCAAUUGUGCGAUGCUAUUGGAUUGUAUCACGAGUCAAGUGAAUUUUCGUAUCCUUGCCGACUAAGUGCAAUGUAUCAUCGAAUUUUUGUAGCCGUUGACGACUUUAUAUUUAAGAUCUUUCAUGCACCGAGUUCAUCGAGAGAUGAACGUAAAAUUCUGAUAAUCUUGACAGUACUAUGCUGCAUUUGACAUAGUUUGCGUUUUUAAUGUGUGAACUUUGUAACGGGAGAACGAACGAUGGGUUCUUCGUGUUUGAAAAGAAAUUUUCCCAGGUAAUUUAAAAGAAAAAGGCAUGGACAGUUUUCACUGUUUUAAACUAGCUUUAAGCUUUUUAUCGGGCCUUACACGGCAGAAUUGUUAAAAUAACUAAUUAAUUUGUGGAGUAAUUUCGAUUGUAAACAUUCGACAUGGUAAUACUUUGAAAGUUUUGCUCUAAAUAAUUAAUUAGUAUUUUCAUUUAAUUUUUUUAGGUGUAUUUAGUAAGUCAUGAUUAUUAACAAAAAGUGUCCUUGUCUAGAUCACUCUCAAGUGUAGAUAUUUAUUCAUCAUUAUAUUACAUAAUUAGUUUAUAAAAUGAAAAUUGAAAAAAAAAAAAAAAAAA